AUGUGCUUACUGCCCCAUCCUUGUGUUUCAUUGUGUUUCCUUGUGUUCCCUUGUGGUCUGUCGAGCCGUGGUGUUGAGUCGCCGCCGCUGGCUAGUUUUGCUGACCCGGCCGACCGCGGCACCGGCCCGACGGGCUACCAGAGCAAGGUGCGGGUGAUGGACAAGUACAAGGUCAUCGGCUUCAUUAGUAGCGGCACCUACGGGCGCGUGUACAAGGCGCUCGGGCGGCAGGGCCAGCCGGGGGAGUUCGCCAUCAAGAAGUUCAAGCCCGAUAAGGAGGGCGAGGUGUCGUACACGGGCAUCUCGCAGUCGGCGGUGCGCGAGAUGGCGCUGUGCUCGGAGCUGAGCCACCAGAACGUGAUCCGGCUCGUCGAGAUCAUCCUCGAGGACAAGUGCAUCUUCAUGGUGUUCGACUACGCCGAGCACGACCUGCUGCAGAUCAUCCACCACCACACGCAGCAGCCCAAGCACCCGAUCCCGCCCCAGACCAUCAAGAGCAUCAUGUUCCAGCUGCUCAACGGCUGCCAGUACCUGCACACCAACUGGGUGCUGCACCGCGACCUCAAGCCUGCAAACAUCAUGGUCACGUCGGCCGGCGAGGUCAAGAUCGGCGACCUGGGCCUGGCCCGUUUGUUCUGGAAGCCGCUGCGCUGCCUCUACGACGGCGAUAAAGUGGUCGUCACCAUCUGGUACCGCGCCCCCGAGCUGCUGCUGGGGUCCAAGCACUACACGCCCGCCGUCGACAUGUGGGCCGUCGGCUGCAUCUUUGCCGAGCUGCUGUCGCUGCGGCCCAUAUUCAAGGGCGAGGAGGCCAAAAUGGACGCGGGUAAGAAGACGAUGCCGUUUCAGCGCAACCAGAUGCAGAAGAUUGUCGACAUCGUCGGCCUGCCCACCAAGGAGCGCUGGCCGCUGCUGCCCAACCUGCCCGACUACCAGCACAUCUCGAGCCUCCAGCAGCCGCUGCCCGGCGGCGGCGGCGGCAGCAGCAGCAGCCACCACGGCCACCACCAGGGCCACUACGGCGGCGGCGGCGGGUCCCGCGGCGGCGCCGGCUCGUCGUCUUCGUCGUCGUCGUCGUCGUCGAUAGCGGGCCACUCCAACCUGGACAAGUGGUACUACCACACCAUCUCGCAGGGCCAGACGUCGGGCCCCAUGCAGCACCCGCCCGCGGGCAGCCCGGCGUCGCUGGGCGUCGAGGGCUACAAGCUGCUGGCGGGCCUGCUAGAGUACGACCCGGAGCGCCGUCUGACGGCCGCCGCGGCCCUGCAGCACCCCUUCUUCUCCACGGGCGGCGACCGGCCCAGCAACAACUGCUUCGAGGGCUGCAAGGCCGAGUACCCGCACCGCCGCGUCAGCCAGGACGACAACGACAUUCGCACCAGCAGCCUGCCCGGCACCAAGCGCAGCGGCCUGCCCGACGACACGCUGCGGCCGGGGAAGCGCGUCAAGGAGAAUUAG